UUACUGGGCUGCGAUGGGUGUUUUCACGCGUCACCAGUGGGCGCUUCUUCCUGCGCACAAAGAGAGCAGAGCCCGGGGAUGCGCACAGUGUAAGUCUCCGCUCAGAGGCAUCGCUGUCCUCUCUGCUUCUUGGCCGCAUCUUGUGGAGUGUAAUACCCGGAGCUCGAGGAACCUCUCGGCGUAACGCGUACCACCCUCAGACAGAAUAUUCACUCAUUAAUUGUGGAAUUUAUCGAGGUAGAGGCUACUGCUAGUCCCAUCCUCGAAGACCAAGAGACGCACUUAGACGAAGCACAAUUAAGUGAAGAGCGCAAACAGUGCUGGAGCAGAGAGCAACCUCUUCUUUGGCUGUGUACAAGUGUACAAGAGUUGCUGUGAAAAAAUGUUAUCCGCUCAAUGGUACCAGAAAUAUCACAUCUAACGGAGAGUGGAAUUACAAUCAAAGCAGUUUAAUGAAGAGGAAAAAAAUUACAUCCUAGAACAAAUUAAAAUUCUUGCAUUCAAGGGAGAACAUUCCAUUCACAAGCAAUUGGAUGAGAGUCUUAUUAGCCCUUGGCAACUAAAGAUGAUGUUACCAUGGAGACAAAUUAUUCUACUAUCAAUCACUGGAUGCCUUGCAGCCUGUACAAAAGAUGUCAUAUUUCAAGGGCCAAGAUGGAGGACAGAGCCCAGUGACCUCAUUUUACCGAUCAACUCCCCAGACCAGCAGGCUACCAUCAAGUGCGAGGCAGAAGGGAUCCCUCCUCCACAGUACAGAUGGUCACUCAACGGAACACUCAUUGAUCUGGGGAAUGACUACCGGCGUCACAUGUCUGGGGGCAGCCUGAUCAUUACCAACCUGGACAAGGACCAAGACACCGGGGUGUACCAGUGCAUGGCCUUCAACAUGUGGGGGUCCAUCCUCAGCAGCAGAGCCAGCCUUCAAUUUGCAUAUCUUGAUAACUUCAAAAUACAAACGGUGAGGAGUGCUGUUAAUGUCCGUGAGGGCCAGGGUGUGGUUCUGUUAUGUGGACCACCUGCACAUUCUGGAGAUCUGACAUUUGCAUGGAUCUUCAAUGAAUACCCGUACUUUGUCCAACAAGACAGCCGUCGCUUCAUCUCUCAAGAGACUGGGAGCCUGUACAUCGCCAAAGUGGAGCCAUCAGAUGUAGGAAACUACACUUGUGUGGUGAACAACACGGUCACGAAGGAGAAAGUGCUCAGCUCUCCUACACCACUGGUGCUCAGAAAUGAUGGAGUAAUGGGUGAGUAUGAACCCAAAAUAGAAGUUCAUUUCCCCGAUUCAGUUCCAGCCGCGAAGGAAUCAAUGGUGAAACUGGAAUGCUUCGCUUUGGGAAACCCUGUUCCAGAAAUAAGCUGGAGGAGAACCAGCGGUGUCCCUUUCCCCAGCAAAGUCAAAAUGAAGAAUUCAAACGCUGUCCUUGAAAUUUCUAAUUUCCAGCAGGAAGACGCAGGGACCUAUGAAUGUAUGGCAGAGAAUCGAAGAGGCAAAAAUGCUGUGCGGGGUCGUAUUUCAUUCCAUGCUAAACCUCGCUGGCUGCAGACAAUGACAGACACAGCUUUGUCCAUCGAGGAAAACCUCUUUUGGGAGUGUAAGGCCUAUGGAAAGCCUAAACCAUCCUUCAGCUGGCUGAAGAAUGGCGAGCAACUGGUGGCUGAGGGCCGAGUACAAAUCGAAAACGGGGCCCUUUCCAUAGCUGUGCUAAACCUGUCAGAUUCCGGGAUGUAUCAGUGUGCGGCUGAAAACAAACAUGGCAUUAUUUAUUCCAGUGCCCAACUAAUGGUGUUAGCUUCACCUCCCAGUUUCUCCAAAAGUCCGCUGAGGACCUUCCUAAAAGCUCGCUCAGGCAGCAACGUCACUCUUGAAUGCAAGCCUCAGGCCUCUCCCCCAGCAAUUAGCCUGUGGAAGAAAGGGAAUGAGAUCCUGCAGAGAACUGAAAGGAUUAAUUUGCUUCCCAAUGGAACAUUAAAGAUCACCAAUGUAACCAGACAGGAUGCAGCCAGCUACACGUGCAUCGCUAAGAACCAGUUUGGAACAGCAAGUACAACUGGAAGGCUACUCGUCACUGAGCCCACCAGAAUCACCAUGAGGCCUACUAACAUGGAGAUUAUUGUUGGCGAGAGCAUCGUGUUACCCUGCCAGAUUGCCUGCGAUCCAGCUCUGGAUGUCUCUUUCUCAUGGGCAUUCAACGGCCAGCUCAUCGACUUCCAGCAUGACAGUGAUCAUUUUGAAAGAGUGGGCGGGAGUAUAUCAGGAGAUUUGAUGAUUCGUAACAUCCAGCUGAGCCAUGGAGGGAAGUAUGUCUGUGUUAUUGACACAGAUGUGGAGAGCUUGUCCACCUCUGCCAUCUUGGUUGUCAAAGGUCCACCAGGUCCUCCAGACAAGGUAGCAGUAGAGGAGAUCACCGACAGCACGGCCCAGCUCUCCUGGACCCCUGGAAGGGACAACGGCAGCCCCAUCACCGGCUACAUCAUCCAGGCCCGGACGGCCUUUACCGUAGGCUGGCAGGCUGCUGACACAGUGCCAGAAGUGGUCAAUGGGAACAUGCUGACUGCCACAGUGGUGGGGCUAAACGCCUGGGUGGAGUAUGAGUUCAGGGUGGUAGCCCGCAAUAUCGUGGGCCUGGGAGAGCCUAGCCCACCAUCAGCCAAGACCAGGACAGAGGAUGCCAUUCCUGAUACAGCUCCCACUGAUGUCGGGGGCGGAGGCGGCACAAGGUCUGAAUUAGUGAUAACAUGGGAGCCUGUGCCAGAGGAACUGCAGAACGGAGAGGGCUUCGGCUACAUCAUUGCCUUCAGGCCUGUGGGCACGGUCACAUGGACUCGAGCAGUUAUCUCCACGCCGGGUGUGGCACGUUAUGUCUUCCGCAACGACACCAUCCCUCCCUUCUCGCCUUUUGACGUGAAAGUGGGGGCGUACAACAACAGAGGGGAGGGGCCCUUCAGCUCUAUUGCCAUGGUGUACUCAGCAGAGGAAGUCCCCAGUGUGGCUCCUAAGAAGGUUAAGGCUAGAAGUGUGUCUGCAGCGCAAAUUGAAGUGAACUGGGAAGCUCUCCCUGCCAUCCCUGAAAGAGUGCUUGGAUAUGAGGUUGUGUACUGGGAAGACGACACCAAGCCUGACACUGUCGGCAAAGUGCGCAUAUCUGGAAACUACACACUGGUUAAUAUCACGGGGCUGAAUGCAAACACAGUGUACUACCUCUCCGUGGCUGCUUUCAACACGGCUGGCCCCGGGCCGCAGUCUGCGCCCAUCAACGCCACCACAAAGAAACCACCUCCAGAUCGGGCUCCGCUCAAUAUACAAUGGACCAUGAUUGGCUCCAUUCUCACAUUGCACUGGGAUCCUGUAUUAGCCACAGAGACAGAGUCAAAGGUCACUGGAUACUUGGUGCUGUUGAAGAGAAACCGCUACAAUGACAUCAGCACAAUCUGGACUAACAAAACCACUGUGGAGCUCAACCUCUCAGCCAGUGACAACUAUCUCAUUCACAUCAAGGCGAUGAGUGAGGGCGGCGAAGGUGUGGGCAGCGAACCCAUCCACAUCCACAAAUUAAGCAUGGGAGCGCGGGGCUCAGGAGCAAGCUGCCUUAGCCCGUUGUACAACUUCACAGUCCUCAUCAGCGUGCUGCUCUGCUCUGUCUGGUGAUGCCUAAUCAGAUCCUACAGAGCACCCUCCCUCCCUGUCCAUCUCUUCAGUAGGCCUGUCCUAUUUUAACCCUCCACUGGACUGGCACAAAGCCCGGGUUUCAGUGGCAGGACUGAGACCGGAAAGGACUGGACUGCACUGACCUUAAAGGGACCACACCACUUGUUUUAAAGGACCAUCAGAUAGAGACAUGAUGAUUUAUAUGCAUGAUAUCUUUGGGUAUUUUUUCCACCAUCAUAAGUGCCACCAUGCUUCAGCUUCAUUUUUAAGUUGUCAUGUCUACAUGACUUAUCUUCUUAGUAUCUUUGGAGAUACUAAUGCCUUAAACCCCAUUUUACACUUACAGUCCAUACCAAAGUAGGUGACAGAGGCUGCUUGCUUUAUGGUUUCUUUAACCUUAUUAAGAAAAUGUUUUGUACUCACAAGAAUUUGUCUUUGCAAAAUCAACAGAAACAUUAACCUGUAUAUUCAUUGGAUGUAUCCAUAUUUUCAGUAUCUCAAAAUGUAACCUUAUAGGUUCAGGUAAACAAAUUCUAUAUAAAAUCAGCUAAACAAUAAAUAAUAACCAGGCCUAUACAGAUUUAUUGAAGCUUUUGCCAAAAGAAACAUCCAUUGUAGACUUAAACGUUUUACCAGGCUUUGCAAAUAUAUGAACGAUGCAGAGCAAAUUGAUCAACUAUGCCUCAAAACCACUUAUCUCUGCAGAAUGAAAUAAUAUUAAGUCUGUUUGAGAGCCACAGGCUCCGAAGCUUUAGGCUGCUCUACAGUACUCUGAUAGAUCUUGGCAUUUUGCUCUCUAUCUUAUGCUCCUCUAAAUAAUGAAUGACUAUCAAACUCUACACUCUCACUCUAGAGAAAAAGCCGGAAAUGCAGAGAAUAGAGCUGUGUUGUGUUAUUGUGUCAAGCAGAUCCCAUGUGUACUGUUCUUCCUCUACAUUUAGAUGACCUGUGUUCUAGAUACGUAUAUCACAUCACAUAACAUGUACCAUCUACACCCCAAAUGACCAGCUGGCUCAGUACGCAGUGGACUAUAGGAUAACAGUGCCUUCACUUGAGCUCAGUUUGAUUUUUUUCUGUCUUUCCUUUUCAAAUACCUUUGAAGAAAGGUUCAUGUUGCCGAAGAGACAUUGCUUGAUUUUCUUUCUGUAGAAGUGAAUUGCGAAGGACAGGAGAGCCAGAUUGUAGAGUGAGCCCAUUAUUGGAAAAGGUAUGCUGAUUAAAUUUUUAGUGAGACAAGUACACCAGAGCAGCUAAGACAAAAAGGGUUGGAAACUUUAGGAAAUCCACAAUGGAUUAAAAUAUAUGGUGAAAUGUUUGCUCCCAGUAUUUAUGGUUUGUGGAAUAAUAACUGUAUGACUCCAUCCAUAAUCUAUGAGCUAUUAAGGCACCAGAAUAAUUGAUACCAAUACCACUGUGAAGGAACCAUGACUGGAAGUGGAGUGAAAGGCACGGCUCUCAUUUUAUCACACCCCAUCUCUGUCUUUUGGACACAUACCAGACUGAACACUAGCAAGACAAGAUGGCUACUCUGCCAUGCUAACUACUUUUACUAUAAAAUACCUGCUUUUACUAUGUGGAUGAGUCUGUCAAAAGCCACCCAAGUAAGAGCCAAGGUGUGAUUACUGGGGUCCUGACAAUGUUCGUGUGGAUGUGGAAGGAUACAGUCAACUGAACUGCUACACAUUACUGUGCCUUUGCUGAACAUGGGGCUGUGGACGGUCAUUAGUUCAGAGGCUGUCAUCGUCUGUAUGUUACACUCUCUAUUCCCCACCCCACCACAAAGUCAAAUGAAAGCACAAGGAACUGAUGCAAGGUGACUGGAUGUCCUCACUUAGCUGUCUGAACAGGUGUGCAGACCCCAGAGGCCUCGUAAAAAGUCCAAACAGCCGACAUAAUCAGGCUGUCCUAUCUGCUCCUUGACUGGUUUCAUAAAGCUCUGGGCUCGUUGAUUAGACUGCUGCAGAGCAGUCAAUGGGAUAUUGAUUUUCCUGUCCAAUUAUUACAGCUGUCACAUUUCAGCUGUUUGAUUGACUGAUGGCCACGUUCUUAUUGCACUUGUUCUGUUGUGUUACACUCAGUGAUGUUUCAAAUGCCCUCUACUGCUUCAACCCCUAUUAGACAGCUUCAAAGAUAUUCUUUUUUUGUUGUGUUUUGGAUGGUUUUGCAAGAGAUCUAAGUGUAUUUGCUCAAUUUUUCACAGAUUUUUGUAGUGUAGUGGUAGAUUGUGACUUUGAAUUGGAGCAGUGACCUGACAUUUAUUGCCUGGUUUAUUCUUUUGAGUUAUAUGUCAUACACAACCCCUGUUGGGCUGUCGUGCAGUACUGUAUCUUUCCUUCCAGCCACCUAAAAACCCAGUCACACCAGGAUUUAAAACAUUGAAAUUUCAUGGCAUAAUUGUGGGUAGAUGCAAUUGGCAAUCGUCUACUUUGAUUACUUUUUUGUGCCGUUGACCUGUCAUUAAACUGUCAUGACAUUGCUUACCUUUAAGAAAACAGUCAGAGAGUACCAAAUGGCAGGAGCUAUUGUAGCUUACUAGCUGUAUUGCUCCAUCUACUUUUACCAUAUUUUCUGUGAAAGUAUAGAAUACUCCACAACAGAGGCAUAGUCCUUUAGCAUGUUAGGAACUGGGCUUUAGUGGUACAAAUUUCUUAAAGAAUCUCUGUGAACUUCAUGUCCCUUUAUAUAUAAGUGAGACAGUUAGCUUACUAACUGACAGUUUGCAAACUCUUUAGCUUUGAGUGUCUUUUGCAAUCUGUGAACAAAAUACCAGGGGCGAAGUUAAUGGUACAGCACAGAGAAAAUAAAAGGAAGCUCAGACACCCACUGUGAACUAGUAUGUUCCCAGCUGUACAGUGUAUUUAGCCAUUAGCACAACAGCCACAGUUGUUCACAAAUUAGACCACCAAGCCUUUAAUAACUUCCGUUUCACAAAGACAGAUGAAUUUUACUGUGCCACUUCUGGUGUGACGGGGCCUGAACGCAGCUUGUGUGUGCAAAUACUUGAUCCAAGUGGUGUUAAUAUUUCAUUUAAUAUCAAAAUAAGGUGAUCUUAUAAGUAAAUGGCAGGUUAUUGAUUUACAUUGCUUAAAUAUGUGGCAGUUUUUCAAAGGUUAGCCUGUUUCUUAAGUCUGCUCAUGCUCAUAAGAAAACUAUUGUUUAUGGCCUUGUGCUUUAAUAAGUGCUACAAAGAACAAUCGAAAGAAAGUAAAGGAAGUGAUCAGAGCCACCAGCUGGAAUGGUUGAAAUGCAUUUAUCACAGAACAACAUAGGUUAUCUCUUUAUAUCCACGAACCUGGUUCAGUUAGAUUGGUUUCUGUGGUUAACGUUGCUAGAAAGGAGUGUUCCUGGUGUAGUGUAAAUAGCUUGCAUAUAUUUUUUAAACAUGGCCAUCAAAGACAACUUUAUUGCUUUUAUAUAGUGUGUUCUCCAACCUUAAUACUGGUGUAUUAAUCAAUGAUCUCUGUGAGAUACUGACAUGUAGAAUUACAUUUUCAUAUUGAAAAGUAACUGUUUUGUCUUGUAUACUAAAAUUGUGCAUGUUAAUCAUUGUUUGUGAAUUUGU